AUGCCAAACCUCAAAUUAGAUGAGUCGGACAGCUCUUCAGAGGUGUCUUCCCUGCGCCAGAAGACCAUGCUGACCUACCCAGAAUGGACCCCGCCACGACUUCGAGAACCUCUUCAGGAUGGGCCUCGGCCCCCUGGGUUGUGGCGGUUCAUCCGGAAAAUCCAGCGAUCCGUUUCACCUUUCAUCUCUUCCCAUUCCACCAACAAACGACUCAAUAUUCGCUACACCAACUCCGACUUCGUACACGAGCCCUCCGCAAGCGAAGAAGAUGAGGAGGAUGAAAAGGAGAAGAUGACCGACGAGAAGAAAGAAAACGCAGAGGAGGAGGAGGAGAACGAGGAAGAGGAGGAGGAGAACGAGGAGAACGAGGAAGAGGAGGAGGAGGAGGAGAACAAGGAGAACGAGGAAGAGGAGGAGGAGGAUGAAAAGAAGAAGAUGACGGAAGAGAAGAAAGAAAAUGCAGAGGAAAAUGAGAAGGAGAAAUCAAUUUUGUCCAUUCAUAGCAGCUCGCAGCUGGCCAAUCGGCAAGCAGAGCGAGUAAGUACUUACCUAUUAAAGGUCGGUGGAGGAGAUAUAUACAAAGUCAAGAGUCAAGACGUGAGCGGUAAGGAUAUCAUGCAAGUGCAACUCGUGAAGCCCCUGACAGGCUGGCCCCAUACCGGUACUGAGCCUUACGCCCUUACUUCUAUCACACCCACCACUCCACGACUGGUCCAACCUUCGACACCGAGCCUUCUCGUCUCGUUGAAAUUCGUGAUUCGUCCCCCAUCCAAUGACUCCAGUCCUCGCAAUGUCGUACCCACGGAUGGGCCGGGAGAUGUAUUCGCGUCUUUCUAG